AUGAGCAGCAAGGAAGAUUUCAACAGGCUAGAAAAUAGCGUCAUGACCUCUGGUGGCAGAGGAGAGUUCUCAGCUGAUUUUAAGACACAAAGUAAUGAAAACUUGGCUGCAAAGCACUCACUGCAAAGUGGUUUCUCACUAAGUUAUGCUGAACAAGAAGACAAUGUACCCGCUUCUGAAGUCUCUAAUCCUCUUAAAGUUACUGAAGAACCUCAGGCACAGAUUUUAAAACCUGAUCUAGAGAUACCACAUCAAGCUAAAGUCACAUCAAUACCACUAUCUUUUUUCCCAUCUAAAUUUCAACAAUUACUGUUAGCUGCAGCAAGAAGGGUCUCUGAAGCAAGGCAGUCUACAGAAACACAAUCUGUAAUUUACAUAUGGCCAGUAAUAAAGUUGCAAGAGAGUUCCAGAUCCUUCUGGCAAAAUUUUUCGAAGUCUUUAAUAUCAAGCAGCCCAGACUUAACAAGUCACUGUUCUAGUCCUGAUGUAACUGAAGAUGAGAAAUGUUCCCAGAUAAUCCCAGUGAAAGAAGUUGCACAAAAAGAGCCAGAUGGAAAGACAGCAAGAUUCUAUCCUCUUAUUGUAAAGUCAUCUAACAGUGCUGUUUCAGAAAUUUUAAAGUCACUCACCAGUAUCAAGAAUAAGGAUUAUAAGAAUAUGUUAGUACUUUCAUCUGUUAGUUCUAUUGCACAGCAACUGGAAAUUCCUCUCUUUAAGGGAAAUGCUCUAAUGAUCUAUAAUGGUCAAGUCUACCUUCUGUAUGUAAUGAGGCAUGAAGAUCUGGCAGCAGAAAUGAAGAUAUCUGGCCACCAUAUGUUGUUUAUGAAGACCAUUGUUUGGCUCAUUACGUGUCGUUCUGUCCGUAAACUAACAUUCCAAGUUUCACAUCCACUGCUGUUGAGAGAGGAUGCUGUGAAACAGAAUACAAAAUGUGUUCCAGCCUGUGCUACCCCCACAACCCAAGAGGAAGCAUCAAAUGAAACACAUUUCUCUUCACACAAGAUGAUUACAAUCUCUCAGCCUGAGAACUGCUCCCUUCUUGCAGGGAAAAGGCAGCAGGUGGUAACCCAUGACGAUCAGUUCCUCAGCAAGACUGCCUUCCCAUCCAAAGAAGACUUGCAAGAAAGAAAUUAUGAAGAAGCACACCGGGAUAAAGACAAGGAAAUAAUGAAGAAAUUUGGUCUUGUUAAAGGUGUAAGAGUUGUUCUCAACAGGCAAAGUGUCUCUGAGCUUAGGAAGUGGACUGCCUAA